GUUGAUACCCUACCCCCAUGUCGUCUGCGCCGCGCUGGGUUGAAGCCAUCAACAAGGCUCUCGGCCACCCCGAUAACAAGGGCAAGAUCAUAUAUCAGAUCGCGACCGUUGAUACCAAUGGGCAACCCCGCGUUCGCUCUCAAGUUCACCGUGGCUUUAUGGAGCCCGAUGGCCAUCCCGAGCUCCCCAUCCUGGUGACCUCUACCGACGCCCGCACGCCGAAGGUGGGCCAGCUACACUCCCACCAGCGCACCGAACUCGCUUGGUGGAUGGAAGGCUCUCAAGACCAAUUCCGCAUCUCGGGAAUCACGCACAUUUUCCCCUCCCCCGCUCAGGGUGCUCCGGGCAACGGCCCGACGCCUAUCGCAGACGAGGCGAUCGCGUUGAAGCUCCUCCAGAACUCGGGGUUCGAUUGGGAGGCGAAGAGGAAGGAGACGUUCGAUGGCAUGAAACCAGGCAUGCGCGCCAGCUGGGCCAUUCCGUAUCCCCCUGGCACAUUCCUUCCAAGCUAUGACGAGCAGAAGAAGUGGCCGAAAGAAGUUCCACUUGAACAGGACGCGAAGACAGACGAGGACAAGAAGAACAUUGACUUCGCGUUCCGUAACUUUGCCUUGAUGUUAUUCGAGCCUGUCCAAGUCGAUUGGGUUGCCUUGGGCGUACACCCCAAUCAAAGGAUCAAGUUUACCAGGGACGAAGGGGUUUGGAUCGAGCAGCAGGUUGUGCCGUGAGUGCACGCUUCACGUCUUUGUUGCCGCAGACCCGCGUAUACGUGUCGUAGCAUCGGAAGGGACGGUGUCCUGGAAGCCGGAAACCAACAUGUAGCAUAUUCAGCAUUGUAGCUUCUCGGAGAAUUCAGUCAUCACGACUGUCCCCAGUCUGGGGGUAAUAUGAAUCAAUGGUAG